CGGAAACCCAGGACGAUGACCUUUGGUCUUUGAGGAGAAAAAUAUCAUCCUCGCUAUGAUCAAACACCCAUCACCCAGCACAUUCAGCACCAUUUCCUUCCCAAGUAAUAGCUCUUGAACCUCUCAAUUCACAUCAAAUCCACCAUGCAGCCCACUAUCGUCAAGUUGCCCUUCGUCGUCGGACCUCCUCCGGCCGACUGGAAGCCCACCACCGAGUCCAAGAAGGCUUCGGCCCCGGAGACCAAGUACCCUGUCUACCCGGCCGGUCCCUCCUUUAUCGCUCAAGCUCGACGAGACAUCCUCAACCUGUCUUACGAGGAGGACGACAAGAUCCAAGCCAAGCUUCACCACGAAAAGCUCCAGGCCAAGGCUAUCGAGGCGGGUGAGGAGCUCUACCCCGGCUUGGGAGAGGAAGUCGAGGAGAAGCAUGUGUUGGCUUAUGACCCCAAGGAGUGGAAGAAACAAGACCACUACGCCGUUCUCGGUCUGGGUAACCUCCGAUACCUAGCGACCGAAGACCACAUCCGUGUAGCUCACCGCCGAAAGGUCCUCCGUCACCACCCGGACAAGAAGGCCGGCUCUUCCGCCGGACCCAACGACGACUCGUUCUUCAAGUGUAUCGCCAAGGCUUUCGACGUCUUGUUGAACCCGGAGACGAGGAGACAGUUCGACAGUGUCGACCCGGCCAUCGAGGACCACGUACCUAGCCCCAAGGACGUCAAGCCCGAGGACUUUAUCGCCACCUACGGCCCCGUAUUCGCUCGAGAAGCCCGAUUCAGCAAGACCCAGCCCGUACCAGGCCUCGGGGACGACGACGCCAAAAAGGACGAUGUCGAAAAGUUCUACGAUUUCUGGUACAACUUUGACAGCUGGAGGACGUUUGAGAUGUGGGACAAGGAGGUCAACGAGGGAAGCGAUUCUCGUGACGAGAAGCGAUACCAGGAAAAGAAGAACAAGGCCGAGCGUGCUCGUGCCAAGAAGGAGGACAACACCCGUGUCCGUGAGAUGGUCGACAUGAUCCUCGCUGCCGACCCUCGAAUCAAGCGAUUCAGGCAGGAAGAAAAGGCCGCCAGGGAGGCCAAGAAGGCUGCUUCCGGUAAACCCGGUGCCGCUGCCGGUGGAAAGCCCAUGACCCUCGCCCAGCGAAAGGCCGCUGAACAGGCCAAGUUGGAAGAGCUGAAGAAGCAGCAAGAGGCCAACAAGGCCAAGGAGGCUGAGGACAAGGAGAAGAGCGCCGCCGCCAAGAAGGCUAGGGAGGCAGCUAAGAAGAACUUGAAAAAGUGGAAGAAGGCCAUCACCACCGUCGUCGCCGAAUCCAACUAUUUCCAGACCGGUUCGGCUUCCGCUGCGACGAUCGAAAAGCAAUUGGCCGAGAUCGAUGCGCUCGUAGAGUCGCUCGAGCCCGAGCAGACGAGGGAGUUGAAGGAACAGGUCGAAAAGGCUGGAAAGGGCGAGGCUGCCAGGGAGGCCAUCAAGGCCAAGGUCGCUACCGUCGCCGACAAGAGCAAGUUCAGCGAGUUUGCCUAGAGGGCUUGUAGUAGAUGUCAUGAACGCCGUCGUAGCGUGUAUCUUGUCUAGAUGCGUGACCAUAUGGCAUAAGGUUGAUGUGCAGCAAAG